AUGGCAUUCCGUGCCCUCCUCUUUGCGGCCUGCGCUUCGGCACUCGCCAUGCCCAGGAACACCACCGUUACCAACACCACCAUCAUCACCUCACCCUCCCCGGAUGAUAUUCACCUCUGGGGAGUCGCCGUCAACCCACCCACCGCCCUGCCCCAAGCCGCCACCGCCAACGACCUCCGCUGGCAGCCCUCUCUAGACUUCGACACCGACGGGUGCUACAACGUCCCUGCCAUUGGCGCGGACGGCACCAUCGCCCAAGGUCUCCCGCACAACUUUGUCUCUGCCUCCUCCGACUGCCGCGCCCUGUCCGACCUAGACAACAACAACGUCUACUCGCGCCAGCGCUGCAACGCCAACGGCUGGUGCGUUUACAUCUACGACUACUACUUUGAAAAAGACGUGGCCAUCCAGUACCUGCUCGACACGGGCCACACCCACGACUGGGAGCACAUUGCUGUCUGGGUAGACGGCAACAACACGGCCAAGUACGUCGCCGCCUCCCAGCACGGGCGGUACCAAAUUAAGGCCGCUGCUGAUGUGCGGUGGGAUGGUGAGCACCCGAAGGUGGUCUACCACAAGGACGGGGCAAGCACGCAUUGCUUCCGGUUUGCGAACGCGGCCGAUGAUGCCAUUGAGAAUGCCAAGGGCGUGUGGUUCAGGGGCCCGUUGGUGAGCUAUAAUGGGUUUCCGGCGGGGAUCAGGAAUCUGCUCUACUCGCAUGACUUUGGGAGCGGGAAUAUUGCGCUGACGGAUUCGGCGUUUCCGGGGAAUAUCCAGAGGGCGAAGCCGGCUGCUAUUACGUUUGAUGCCUAUGUUGAUGCUUUGGGGUCGCCGGGCUUUCCUUAG